AUGAGAGUGAGUCACAUAGAGAGUCGGAUUGAGCAGCAGCUCACUCUCAAAGAGUUAAUCGAUACUGCAAUAGACAGAUUGAUUAGAGUCGGAUAUGCAAAUAUCACUCCUCAGCGAGUAAAUGCAAGACUUGCAUCUCUUAAGGAGAGUUGGGAGAAAUUUUCCCUUGUUCACGACGCUAUCGGUUUAGCGAUUUCUAGAUUGAAUUCGGAAGACGCUACAUCUCUGUUAAGUCACUCAUAUUUCUCGGAAGGUUUCUUCUCUUCAACUCAUGAGAACUAUCUCGAAGCAGUGGAAAAAAUGAAUCUGCUGCUUGAACAGGAAACUGGAGUUACACACCGGAUGCCCUCGACUCCCAGUGGUUCUCAUACUUCAGCCACUCCUUCUUUUUUUCACCAUGCUCGACUUCCUCGAAUCGAUCUUCCUAAAUUCAAUGGUUCGCCAGCGGAUUGGUUGUCUUUCAAAGACUUAUUUAGUUCUCUUGUUGUAGACAAUCCUACUCUAACUUUAGUGGAGAGACUUCAAUAUCUGAAGACUAGUCUAACGGGAUCUGCAUCGCAUUUGUUAAAAAAUACCACACUCACUGCUGACAAUUUUCAAAAGGCGUGGGAUGCAUUGAUAGCCUUUUAUGAAAAUAAGCGGUUGUUGGUAAAUGCCGCCCUCCAUUCUUUACUCUCUCUCAAACGCAUGACACGGGAAUCAGCAGCUGAAAUGGAGCAACUUUAUACUAACGUCAUGCAGAUUUACCGCACUUUAGAGACACUAAAACGCCCAGUGCAAUCAUGGGACGAUUUCCUUGUCUUUAUUGCGGUACAACGUCUCGAUGCCGAAUCAGUGAAGGCAUGGGAGCACACGCUAGGAUUGUCAAAGGAACCUCCUACGUGGAAUCAGUUUAGCGAGUUCCUUGUUACUAGAUUGCUGUCGCUACAGGCUUUUGAAAAGUCGCGAAUGAGUAAACCUCAAAGCCAAGGUACUGUAAAAUCUCAUUUCCAGGGAAAAGGUAAGGAUAAUACCAAUAAAACGGUUUCUUGCGCAAUAUGUGGUUCUAAUCAUUAUGUGUCAAGCUGUCCGCAGUACACGUCUAAAACAGUUUUACAACGAUUAGCUAUAAUCAAUAAAUUCAAACUGUGUUUUAAUUGUUUGGGUUCCCAUCGUGCUGCAGUUUGCAGGAUCACUAAACGAUGUCAAAAAUGUGGACAUAAGCACCAUACUACGAUCCAUCAGACAAAACCCGUUGCCUCUGACCCUGGAACUAAUAAGUCGACUGACUCAUCUGAGAAAACUUCCAAGCCUUCAGAUGCUCACGUGCUUCAUUCUUCUAAAGAAAAAACGACAACCACGUCCGUCCUUCUCGCAACAGCUCAGGUUACAAUUGUAAAUUCCAGCGGAGAAACAGCAAAGGCAAGAGCAUUGGUCGAUCAAGGAUCGGAAAUAACUUUAAUCUCAGAACGCUUAGUUCAAUUAUUACGACUUCCUCGAGUUAAAUCCUCUAUCUCGUUAGUGGGAGUAGGCGCACAAAAAUCUAAUCAAACAAAGGGUUUAGUCUCUUUUCAAAUGAGGCCGCAUUUCAAAUCAAAAUCUGAAUACCGCGUUUCCGCACACAUUUUACACAAGCUAACAGGAUCAAUUCCCUCCAUCUCAACGGACAAGAAAAUGUGGCCUCACAUACAAAAUCUGCAGUUAGCUGACAAUGACUUUACCUCGCCGGAGCACAUUGAUCUUAUUUUAGGAGCGGAUGUCUAUGCUCAAAUUCUCGAAGAAGGAGUCAUGAAGGGAGAUGCAAAUUCACCAAUUGCUCAACGGACUUCUCUUGGAUGGAUUAUAUCUGGCCCUUCCGGUAUUAAUACAUUAUCUAACAAGGUACAAGGAUAUCAUAUUUCUCUCGAUAGUCAGCUUUAUGAAUUAAUUCAUCGGUUUUGGGAUGUUGAAGAAAUCCCAUCGAUUACUCCGUCACUUUUGUCCCCAGAAGAUUUAGAUUGCGAGCAACAUUUUUUGUCCACGCAUACGCGAGAUGAUCAAGGGCGUUAUAUUGUAAGACUUCCAUUCAAGCAUCCGCCGGAAAACCUUGGAGACUCCAAAUCAAAGGCUUUUCGAGUAAUUAAUGGUCUUUCCAGGAAAUUGGAAAGCGAUCCAGAAUACUCUACACUCUAUUUUGACUUUUUGAAAGAAUACGAGCAAAUGCAACACAUGACUCGCGUUCUCGAUUCCCAAUCAGAACCACCAAUAGCAUAUUAUCUUCCACAUCAUGGAGUCAAACGAGAAGGUAGUUCCACAACGAAAUUAAGAGUCGUCUUCAAUGGUUCGAGCCGUUCCUCUACAGGCUGGUCUCUAAAUGAUAUCCUUCACACUGGAGCAAAACUUCAAGUCGACCUACUCAAUGUCCUGCUUUGGUUUAGACAAUUUCGAUAUGUUUUUUCCUCUGAUGUGGAAAAAAUGUAUCGACAAAUCAAGAUACAUAAAGCGGAUUGGGACUUCCAACGUAUACUCUGGAUGGAUACUUUCAAUAAAAUCUCCACUUAUCAAUUAACCACAGUAACAUAUGGUUUAGCUUGCGCCCCGUUCUUAGCGCUCCGUUCGUUAGACCAAUUGAUUGCCGAUGAAGGUGCAAAAUUUCCUCUUGCAGUUCCAGUUCUACAAAGAGGACGUUAUGUAGAUGACAUUUUCGGAGGAGGUGACUUCAUUUCAGAAGCUCAAGAAAUUGCAAAACAAACCAAUCAACUCUGUAUGGCGGGCGGGUUUCCGCUCCACAAAUGGGUAAGCAAUAAUCCUGACGUCCUUCAAUCAAUACCAACUAACAAGCAAGAUGGUUCAUCGUCUUUUCAAAUCGAAGAUCAUACUAUGACUAAUGCUCUCGGACUGUGCUGGAAACCUUUAACAGACACUUUCCAUUUUACAAUGGAGUUGACAUCUACUUCAUUAAUUACUAAAAGAAGCGUUCUAUCGUCAAUUGCCAAGUUAUUCGACCCUCUCGGAUUAGUUUCUCCUGUUAUCAUUAAAGCCAAGAUUCUUAUGCAGGAGUUGUGGUCGAUUAAGCUGGGCUGGGACGAUCCGCUGCCUUUGGACGUAGCCACUAAAUGGAAGAAGUUUGUCGAACAGCUACAUGAUUUGCCUCAUUUAGAAUUCCCUCGUUGGUUAGGCACUCGAAAGGAUCAUGUUAUGGAAAUCCACGGCUUCUGUGAUGCUUCUCAACGUGCAAUGUGUGCAGCUGUUUAUAUUCGCGUAAUCUCGAAUUGCGGAGAGAUCACGACAAAUAUAGUCUAUUCUAAGACAAAAGUCGCGCCUUUAAAACGGCUAACUAUUCCACGUCUUGAGUUGUCUGGUGCUGUUAUACUCGUUAAACUGGUCACUCGCAUUCUUCUCGUGUGGAAAUUAGAAAGUCCAUCAAUAUACCUGUGGACAGAUUCUGCAUUAACCUAUACUUGGAUAAAUAAUCAUCCAUCGCGCUGGAAGGAUUAUAUUCACAAUAGAGUUUGUUUUAUUCAAGAAUCAUUGCCUCAUGCUAUUUGGAGAUUUGUACCCGGGACAGAAAAUCCAGCAGAUUGUGCCACACGCGGAUUAACACCGAAUCAGCUCUCGCAACACUCGACUUGGUGGACUGGACCACCUUGGCUUCAGUUAAGUCCUUCUUCAUGGCCUCAAACACCUCAAUCACCAAAGCAAGGAGAUAAUUUAGAGGAACGAGCACCUCAAGUUUCUGUUGCAACUCAAGUCAAAUCUACUGAACCUUGGACCUUAAUUGACCGAUAUUCGAGUAUUACACGGUUACUUAGAAUUACUGCAUGGUGCCGAAGAAGCGUUGCCCGGUUUCAACGAUCGUCAGACAAUUCAACAGGCCCAUUAACUACUCACGAAUUAGAAGCUUCCAAAAUUUAUUGGGUUAAGACGAUUCAGCAAUCACAUUUCCAACGGGAACUCUCGAUUCUUUCCAAGGGAGACGUUUUACCUAGAUCCAACUCACUCUUACGUCUUACACCUAUUAUGGAUUCACGCGGACUACUACGAACGACGGACGCAUUCAUUCAUCUCUUCUGUCUUAUGACGCAAAGCAUCCUUUAA